GGUGUUGCUUCGUUUUAUCCAUUUUCCUUCCUUCGUGGUGGUUCGUGUUGUCGCUCGUUGUCGUAGACGGUGGUGAUGGUGGUGGUCAAUCCUGUGCUUUCACUCUCCAUUAGUUGCAAAAAAAUUCUACACCCGAAGCGGAAAUCGACAUAGGCGCCUCCCAAAUCGUUGUCCUUAUCAACUGCGUGACGGUUCAGCUACCGUGGUGCAGAUGUCUCAGGUUGUGGUGCAGCUGGUGCGGCGUCUCGCCACCCCUGCUGUGGCGUCAGCGCUCGCCAAAGAGGAGCUCUGUCUUGCUUUUGCCGCCGUGGCGCAGUUAAGGCCCUUCUCUCCCGAUGCACCAGACGCCGCUGCUGGCUCUUCCGCCGUCGCCGCAGAGCCACUCGCCCGGCGCAGUCUCCGCGUCAUUCCGCACUGCACACCGCAGGAGCUGCGGAUGAUUGCGCUAGGCGCCAGUGCGCUGCCGUGGUCCACUACCCCGGCGUUGCCGACAGUCGUGGUGGACGCGCUCGUGCAAGGGCUGCACAGACACAUCGCAAACCGUAAUGUUGCCGCAUCGUCGCUUUCGCAACAUUUGGCAAAGGCGCAGCGCGGCCAUUAUGUGCGUUUGCACGACCUUUUAGCGGUGGUGACGCAGGCGAUGGAUGCUGGCGUCUUCUUCAACGUCACGUUGCAUGAACUGAUCACGCAGCACACGGAGUCGCUUGCACGUGAAGGCCCCAUCCUUUCUGCAGCAGCAGCUGAGGAAUUGAUUGCGGUGGUGUGUGCCUACCUCGGUGAAGAGGAGGGAGUAGCGUUGGUUCGGCGGAUACGCGCGGCUCUGACGGCAUCCCCCCAAGCCGCGGUCUCUACAGGAGUGGACGUUCUGGACAGGUGCGUGGUUGAUCAGCCACUUCCGUUGACGCCGACGAGGACGGCGUCGUACGCACGGUGGUCCAAGCACCGGUCUGCCCUUCUCGCCUCUCUCCGUCCAUCCUCUGCAUCGCCAUCUUCCAUCAACGACGUUGUCGAUCCUGCCACGACGCGGCGGCUGAAGGCGCAGUGCGACGUGCUGCUGCUGGUUCAGCGCCUGCUCAGAGGGACGGAGGCGGUACGAGACGAGGAUCUUUUGAAGGCGCUGGAGGAGGUGAAGGUAUUUCAGAUCUACGACCCCGUGACAUUGCGCACCCUCGAUGACGCGCUGCAACAGCGUUUGACGGACGUCGAGAAGACGCCCUUGACACCUGCAGCCGCCGUGGCCUGCGAGAACGUCGUCUACGCACAGGCGCAGCGGUUACCCCGCACGCUGGCGAUGCUGCGCGCGCGCGAUGCAGCCUCGGAGAGCAUGAAAACCAGCGAUGGUGCUACCACCACGACCACUGCGGCUUCUUCCUCAUCUGCGAAGGCAUUGCAGCACCUCCCUGUUAUCCAGAGUGUCUACCAAAAAGCCCUCGCUGGAGCAACUGUGUCCGACAAGGAUCUUUUCCUUGUGGGUGACAACACCAACGCCUACGGCGCGGAUGAGGUGGCACAAGCCAUCUUUGUCUUUGCCCACACUCGCGACAUUCCGUCGAACUUUAUCGCUGUUCUCGCCACCACGGUGGCAACGUUGACGCUGGACGGCGUGCUGGCGCUCCUGCGCGCCACCCGACACGAUCGCGCUGGCGCGCUGCGCACCGUCGUCGAGGCGUGCCUCCGCAACAGCACCCACAUGCAGCAGUGCAUCGCAGGUGCCUCCGUCGCGUCGCUGGUGGCGCUGGUGGAGGUGUUAUCGCAGCCGCCCACACGCCGGACCACGACGCCGAAAGAGACGACGGCGCUGGAGGCGCAGCUGCGGGAGUUGGCGUUGGCGCAGCUGCAUCUGCACGUCGAGGCAAUGCCGUGGGGGUCGCUGCUGUGCGUGGUGCGUGGGAUCGGCAAGCUUCCCGGCACCCAGGACACGGUGCAAGCGGCCUGCGACCGCCUCACGGCGCAUCUUGAAGCUGCCAAUCCUGGAAAAGGUGCAGCUAUGACCCUUGCGACCAAUGCGGCGUCCCCCUCCUCGCUAUUGGGCAUCUCAAAGUAUUUGGAGUUGGUCGACGCGCUUCAGUCGGGUGAUGUGGUGAACGAGCCGCUGCUGGAUGGCCUUGCUGCUGCACUUGCCGCGUAUUUCACGGCGCUCAGCACGUCCGCCGCCGACGACGCCCGCCACGCCGCCUUUCUGCGUUUCGUUUUGCUGGAGUUACGCUACGAGUCCCCUGAGCUGGCGGAGGUGGUCGCGGGUGUCGUGCAGACGGUGGGGCGUGCGGACGACUGGGCCGCCGUGCCGACGGAGCUGCUGGUGUCGGCCGUGCUCUUCACCUUUGAUCGGUGCAACGUCUCGUCCUUUUCUUCGUCUGCUUUUGCGCUGCCUCAUCUGGCGCUGCAGCACAUCGCACAGUCGCGUCGGCUGUCGGAGUCGGUGACGGCGGGGCUCGCCACGGCGGUGGUGGAGAUACUAUCGCGUCUGCCGGUCGCCGACGCGGACAACGCCGCCGUCACCUACUGCGUGCAAGCUCUCCUGCCGAUCGGCGCCUCCUUGACACCCAUUACUGCAGCUCGGCUGAUCAGCGUCGCCUAUCGCACGGCAUCCCGCGCCGCUUCAGCGCCUGCCGUCCCGCAAGAGUUGUACGACGCGGUCACGGAACACGUUAGAGGGCUGCCGCCGGACAUCUUCACAUCUCUCUGUCUCUCUGUCUCAAGUCCGUCGUUCGAUGAGGCGCUUGCGAAUCGCCUGGUGGAGGUGCUCCCCCGCGUGGCGGACCAGCUCACGCCGCGUCAGCUCAGCCGGUGUGUGUUUGGAUUGGGUGAGAUGCGCGGCGCCGGCCAGCGGCUGUCACACCAAGUCAUGUCCGAGGACCUCUCAGACUACGCGGUCGACAACGUGGAGCUCUUCACCAGCGGCCGCGACAUCGCCUCUUUGCUGCACGGCUUCGCGAAGCUGCAAUGCACCAAGCGCCACCUCUACAGCACCUUCGCGCGGCAGGUGAACAGGCGGUGCGUGCGCUACACGCUCGACUUCAACAGCAUCAGCUUCUUGCUGUUCGCCUUUGGCAGUGUGAAGUUUGUGGAUGCGGUGCUGGUGAAUUCGCUGUGCACUAUUUUCGUCGACCACGCAGACGAGCUGGCGGCGCCGGACUUGCUGAUGACGCUGCGCGGUGUCAGCCGAAUGUGCCUGCUGAACAGCCAAGUUUACUGGAGGCUCGGCAUGCAGGUGGCGGAGCGCGCCGACGAGUUCCCGCUGUCGGCGCAGUGCGACUUAAUCCACGCCUACGGGUUCAUUGAGCAGCAGCAUUCGGCGAUGGUCGCCGCGCUAGCGCCGCGCAUUGCGGCGAAUGUGUCGGCGCUGCCCUCUGUGUCCGCCGCCGUCGACGUGCUGUUGUCGCUGUGGCGCAUGGACUACAGGGUCGCCGUCACGGAGGCGUCGAAGGUGAUUGCGGACCACGUCGUGCAGCACAGCAGUGAGCUGAGCAGCUCGGACCUCGCGAAGCUGUGCUCCAUUAUUCUCGACAUCCACUGGGCGCAUGGGCCGCUGUUGGACGCCAUCGCGGCCCGCUCGAUCGCACUGAAGGCUGAGGAUGGUCUGGAGGCGGGUGUGGCCCGCAUCGUGUUGGACACACUCGGCUCGCAGCACGUGUUCCACCUGCAAGCCCGCACGGAGCUGUCGCAACUGGCUCGCAGCGCCAGUAAAGAAGCUGUCCAGCUCUCAGGAGAGGAGGAGGCGCAGCUGAAACUGCUGAUCAGCCAUUAA